AUGAUUGAUGCUGGUUCAUCAGGUUCCCGUGUUCAUGUCUAUCGAUUCAAAAAGUGUAAUGGAGAUCCAGAAUUAGAAGAUGAAGUAUUUCAUAUGUUAGAACCUGGUUUGUCUUCUUAUCCAAAUAAUCCUCAAGCUGCUGCUGAAUCUCUCAAGGAAUUAAUGGACAUUGCAGUCAAGAGUGUGCCUAAAGAGAAGCAAGGAUGUACACCUAUUGCUGUAAAGGCCACGGCAGGUUUAAGAUUACUAGGCCAAGAAAAAAGUGAUCGCAUUCUUAAUGCUGUCCGUAAAUAUUUAGAGACAUAUCCAUUCCCAAUUGCGGGUGAACAUGGUGUAGAAGUGAUGGACGGCAAAGAUGAAGGUGUUUAUGCAUGGAUUACCGUCAAUUAUUUAUUGGGCAAAUUGAAAAAGACUCAGUUGGGACAAUCAGCAGCUAUUUUCGAUUUGGGUGGUGCUUCCACACAAAUUGUGUUCGAGCCUAUGUUUGAUGUACCUACCGAAAGUAUGUCCGAAGGUGAACACAAAUACCAACUAGAUUACCAAAACAUUACGCACAAUCUCUAUCAGCACUCCUAUUUAGGUUAUGGCUUAAAAGAAGCUCGCAAACAAAUUAAAGCAGCCAUGAUUGACACGUGGGCAUCUGUUGCAUCUAUUGCUGGCAAAGUCUACCAUCCUUGUCUUCCUUUAGAUUAUCAAGAAGACAUAGAAUUAAAAAAUGGAACUCAAAUCCAAUUGGUAGGCACAGGUGCAGGUCAUGCAGCUUGUCGUGGUAUUGUUGAAAAAGUGUUUAAUAAGGAUAAGUUAUGUGAACUGGCUCCCUGUGCCUUUGAUGGUAUCUACCAACCUCCAAUCACCGACACCUUUAAAGACAGAGAUCUCUAUGUGUUUUCUUUCUUUUAUGACUUGACUCAACCCUUGGGUAUGCCUUCGGAAUUUUCAGUUCGUGAAUUAGGCGAACUGACUGAGCGUGUCUGUCGAGGAGAAACAAAGCCCUUCCAACAUGUGCCCAAAGCAAUCCAAUUAUUACAAGACACACCUAGUUAUUGUCUUGACUUGACUUAUAUUCAUAAUUUGCUUAAAUAUGGUUAUGAUAUUCCAAAUGAUCGUUUGGUCCGUACAGCCAAGAAGAUUCGUGGAGCAGAAACUGGAUGGUGCUUGGGCGCUUCCAUUGCUAUGCUUGACGAAAACAAGCUUUGCCAAGUUUAG